AUGCCUCGAUCACGCAAAUCUGAACAAGUCCCCAAUUUCUGGGACAGUUUUCCCGCCGACCGAUUGCUCUUAUUCCGAGUUCCUCCAAAGCUCGACUUGAGGCAUGGACUAGGAAAUAGCGAGCAAAAUGAUAGUGUCGAGGAUGGGAAGUACCCCAACGACACGGUCACGAGCGUCUCCUCUGCUGGUUCUUCUCGAAGACCACGGGCGAACAUUACCAGUCUCCCACCCGAAAUCAUUCUCGAUAUUGUCAGCCAUCUCCAUCCCGUCGACCGCGUCUGUUUUGGCCUGUCCUGCAAAUACCUACUCUCCUCCACCCUACCUACCCUACAAAUCAGGCAAUCAGACUGGCUGCGCUACCACGACCGGCGGUACAGCUUUAUUCUCCCCCAGAUGCCUACCCUCUUCGUCCGUCUCGCACACGGUUGGGUCCCCAAGGACAGGUUCCGCUACUGCUACCGCUGCUCCAAGAUCCUUCCGCGCUCGCACGAAUACUUUUGGGAGAGACUGCGCAGGACAAAAAGCCCAAGGUUCCGCGACGGACUGGGCAUAGACGAGAAACAAUGGAAGUCCUUAGGCAAGAGGGCGAAAUACACAUAUCUGGUCGAGCACUGGUGCCACUCCCCGGAGGAGGAUAGUAGCGGUUUCUUCUGUGGCCACUGCUACUAUCGGGAAAGGGACCGCAUCAAUUGGCCGGUGUAUUGUCCCCUGUGCCUGGAGAUCGACUUGACAUGGGCCCCACCGAGGAAGCCUUGGGUGAGAAAAGCCUUGUGUCGGGGUCUGAGGGCCUUAGGGACCCCGUUCGAACUGGCUGCCUACUGGAUCCUCGUCUGUUGUCUUUACGCGGCUAGGUUUAUCUACGAUCAGGCAAUGCGAUGUUGGAGGGCACUGUCUUGA